GCGCCUGGCAGGCGGCCUGAGCGCGUGCGAAGAGCCGCCGCCGCCGCCGCCGCCGCCGCCGCCGCCGCCGCCGCUCGGGGUCGCCUUGAGCCCCAGAUUCCCCAGCGCUGGCUCGCAUGGCAGCCGCCUGGGCGCCCGGCCCCGCGACCCGCUAAGGGCGGUCCAGCGCCCCGGCCCAGCCCUUCAGCUGAGUCCGUCGGAUCCGGCCUCACUCUGCGCCCCGGGGCGCGCCGCCUCCCAGCCCGAGGUGAGGACCGCGAGGGCAGGGGCGCGCUGGGCUGGGGGCGUUCUGGGGUGCCCAGGCCCCGCGCCGCGGCCGAGCCGAGUGCCGUGGAGAGCCCCCUCCCGGUUCCUGUCUCCAAUCCCCUCGUCUGCUCAGACCUUCCCAACCCCGCCCUCCGCUGCCCCCACCGCUUUUUUCUGUCUGGAUGCCCCUCUCCCCUCUCGGCUCGUUAUCACUCGGAACCGGAAUCUGUGCCGCUAUCUCCGCGUCCGGCCGCCUCCCAGCCUGUGCCGUCCCACAGGUGUCCGCACGUCUGGCGGUCCGUCUGUCCCUCCUGGGGCCGGGGCUGACCAUGCCCAGCGGCUGCCGCUGCCUACAUCUCGUGUGCCUGUUGUGCAUCCUGGGGGCACCCGUAAAGCCUGCCCGAGCUGAUGACUGCAGCUCCCACUGUGACCUGGCCCACGGCUGCUGUGCGCCUGAUGGCUCCUGCAGGUGUGACCCGGGCUGGGAGGGGCUGCACUGUGAGCGCUGUGUGAGGAUGCCUGGCUGCCAGCAUGGUACCUGCCACCAGCCCUGGCAGUGCAUCUGUCACAGUGGCUGGGCAGGCAAGUUCUGUGACAAAGAUGAGCACAUCUGUACCACACAGUCCCCCUGCCGGAACGGAGGCCAGUGCGUAUAUGACGGGGGCGGCAAGUACCACUGUGUGUGCCCACCGGGCUUCCACGGGCGUGACUGUGAGCGCAAGGCCGGACCCUGUGAGCAGGCAGGCUCCCCGUGCCGGAAUGGCGGGCAGUGCCAGGACGACCAGGGCUUCGCCCUCAACUUCACAUGCCGCUGCUUGGCGGGCUUUGUGGGGGCCCGCUGUGAGGUGAACGUGGACGACUGUCUGAUGCGGCCUUGUGCUAACGGCGCCACCUGCCUGGACGGCAUCAACCGCUUCUCCUGCCUCUGCCCUGAGGGCUUUGCUGGGCGCUUCUGCACCAUCAACCUGGAUGACUGUGCCAGCCACCCAUGCCAGAGAGGGGCCCGCUGUCGGGACCGGGUCCACGACUUUGACUGUCUCUGCCCAAGUGGCUAUGGUGGCAAGACUUGUGAGCUAGUCUUACCUGUCCCAGAUCCCGCCACCAUAGCGGACAUCCCCCGGGGGCCCACCUUGGCUGUGGUGGUACCUGCCACGGGGCCUGUUCCCCACAGCGGGGGCGCCGGUCUGCUGCGCAUCUCCGUGAAGGAGGUAGUGCGGAGGCAAGAGGCCAGGCUGGGCGAGUCCAGCCUGGUGGCCGUGGUGCUGUUUGGGGCUGUCACUGCCACUCUGGUCCUGUCCACGGUGUUGCUGACCCUGAGGGCCUGGCGCCGGGGUGUCUGCCCCCCUGGACCCUGUUGCUACUCUGCCCCACACUAUGCCCCGGCGCACCAGGACCAGGAGUGUCAGGUUAGCAUGCUGUCAGCAGGGCUCCCCCUGCCGCCUGACUUGCCCCCUGAGCCUGGGAAGACCACAGCACUGUGAUGGAGGUGGGGGCUUUCCUGCCCCCUCCUUCGUCUCCUCUGCCGCUCAGAGUGGAUUGGCCCUUUCUCGCCACCCCUCAGCUGGGAUACCCAACACUGAGGGACCUCAGCCUCAUGCCAGAAAUAUUAUUUUUUUAAUACAGAGUGUAAGAUGGAACUUUAUCAAAUAAAACUAUGGAAGUGCA